UUUUGUAUAUCAUUCUCUGAAGGAAAACCUGCAACUAUCCGCUAUUGUAACAGGCUGCAGUUCCCGCGUCGAUUGGAAAAUUACCCUAAACGAUUCUGGAUCUGCGCUGACGGAGAAGACGUCCGAAGGCAUGCAAAUACUCGGUCUCCGAUCGCAGCUGGGCACCUACAAUUUCCUAUUGCGUGCGAUCGACGAAGACACUUACGCUCACGUUUACAUAAGCACGGAAUCCGAUGGACCAGAAGCGCUGAAGGGAAGAGAAAACCGGAAAUUGCUACUGCGCCGGCAACGAAACAAUAGGUUGGCCAUCAAAUGGGACCCGAGUUUAGUGGAUCCUCAAGGUACCGAAUAUUGCCUUGUAAUAAGCAGUCUGAAGCAUCACGAGACGUUCUGCGGAGCCGGAAAUCUACUUAAACCGGAACCGGAAAACCGGACAAACGCAGCUUCCGAAAAUCUACCAAAAUGCGAUGUUGAUCCGAUGAUUAUUUGCACCGGAAAGAAAACGCAUUACGCCUUCCUCAAACCGCAACAGAAUCUGCGUUACUAUUUCGAUCUGUUCGCCAUAAACUUGCAGACGAAUUUCACGUAUCUCUUCGCUUCGAACACGACGAUGCUCUCCAACAAAUUGAAGCCGGCAUCUCUGAAAGAUGGAAAGUUGACUUUCGUUAAUCUCAAGGAGAUGGAUGGAAAAGCCGUGUUUAGGUUUAAGGUAGGAAGGAAAUCGCACGACGAUUUAGAGGUGUACGUGAUGCCGUGCGGCGGAGCGGUCGACGUUCAAGUGACGAAAAGGCACGAAGUUAUUGAGACUAGAAGAACGAUAGAAGGUUUUGGUAAGAUUAGCGUGAAGAAUCCGCAGAGUGGAGCGAGGUAUAACAUCAAGAUCUUCAGCACGAACGGCGAGGAAUUGCGGAGAACUUCAGGCAUUGAAUUGUAUGCAACGUCCAGGAAGAAAUCCUUCAUCCCUUUACCGGAUUUACCAAAUAAACCAAUAGUCAAAGAAUACGUUUCACUGAGGAGUUGCGAUUCUGUGACGGUCGGAUGGCUUCCAUCGCCUGGACAGAAAACCUCUCACUAUUGUCUGGUUAUCAAAGAAGGUAAACUUCGGUACGGUUUCAAGCAGACGAAUCAAUGCGGUUUGGAGAAUCGCCUCAAGAAGUCGACGGAUUUCGCCGCUAAAUACUGCAAAGAUAUUAAACCAAUCGAAGGGAAAGUUAUUACGCAAAAGAUUGGUCAGCUGAAGCCGGGUAGAAGCUACAUAGUUCAGGUGACGGUGAAGAAGCAUCGCGGAAAGACGAUUUCCUAUGAUCUGUUACAGGCGCAGACUAAAUCCAAAUGUGAUCCGAAAUGAAUAAUAAAGCUUAUA